AUGAGUGACCACGGCCACACGAUGACUACCUCCGCACCUGGCAAUGGCGUCGGCACCACCGAGAGCACUGGUGAGAUCACUGGUCUCCCCGUAAGCGCUAUCAACGACUAUGAAUCCGGUGCUUGCGCUAAUGGAUCCACUACCGACUACUCCAAUGGUCAUGGCCAUGGUCAGGACAACGGUCACGAGACCUUUACGCAAGAAAAACAUCCCUCAUCUCACCAAACUCCCCGAUACAACGGUGAAGGGGCUCGAGGACCUCACUUAGACCGAACCUUAACUCCGGGAGGUCAUCUCGCUGACAACGAUUUGCUGGCUAUCGCCAAGAGCCAUAGGAAGGUUGGUAGUCCUUUGCCCCUCGGUAUCUUUAGCUUCUCGACAACGAUCCUCCUCUUGUCACUCUACAACAUUCACGUCCAGAGCAUUGUCAUCCCUAACGCUAUCCUCGGAUUUGCUCUUCCCUACGGUGGUAUUGCUUCAUUCAUUUCCGGAAUCUGCGAGUUUGCCUGUGGAAACACGUUCGGUGCUACGUUUUUCUGCUCCUUUGGGAUGUUCUGGUGGGGUUAUGCUACUUUGCUCAUCCCCUUUUUCGGUUUUUCGGGAAUGUACGAUGGCCAAGCAGGAAUCUACGCGAACGGAUCACCUUAUGCUUCCGAGGCCGGUGAUGCACUCGGGUUGUAUCUUUGGAUUUGGUUUGGUAUCACUACGAUUUACCUGAUCGCUUCCAUUCGAGGCUCAGUCUCCCUCUUUGUCCUUAUCUUCAUGAUUUGGCUCACCUUCCUCUGUUUGGGUGCACACAACUACACCGGCAACGAUGAAUUGCGCUCUGCCGGUGGAGCCUUUGGUAUUGCUGCAGGUUUCGCUGGUUACUACCUCGGGAUCGCUAGCUUCUUGACUCCUUACAACUCCUUUUUCACCUUGCCAGUCAUUCCGCUUGGCAAGAGGGAUUAG